CUGCAAACAUUCGUCGGUACUUAUCUCACAAUGUGGGCUUUACAAUUUUAAAAGCGGUCUACGAAUUCUUUCAUUAGCCCAAAACCGAAAACCCUAAACACUUAAAAAAGCCUUAAACCCUGACAAAUGGAAGCCCUUUAUACUUCGACUGGAUUUUACCGCAAAGGAUUCUCCAACGACAAUUUUGUAGGCGGGAUUCAUUCUCCAGAAAUUUCUUCAUCGGUAAACAUCCACACACGAGAGAAAUGGUGUGGUUUCAGUGUGAAGACUGUGGAGACAACUUGAAGAAACCAAAGCUGCCUAACCACUUUAGGACCUGCUCUGCAUCCAAGCUAUCGUGCAUUGACUGUGGAGAAAUAUUUGGGCGACAAAAUGUUGAAAGCCAUACCCAGUGCGUCACAGAAGCUGAAAAAUAUGGUCCAAAGGGACAAGGGAAAGCUAUUAAUGGCUCAAAUAAUAAGCCUAACGGUGCUUCAAAACAGAAACCAGAUGUUGAUAUACAUGUUGGAUUAUCUCAACGUGCCCCAUGGUCUUGCAGUCUGUGUAAUACCAAUGUUACUAGUCAGCAAACCCUGCUUCUCCAUGCAGAAGGAAAGAAGCACAUAGCAAAAGCAAAAGCUUUUCAUGCAGCAAAGCAGCCAAAACAGAGUGAAGGAAACCUUUUGGAGAGUGAUGUUCCAGCUGAAAACAAUGCAAAGAAUGAAGCUGUCGAAGCCACUGAGGAAGAAAAAGAACAGAAGCCGUCUAAUACUAUUGCUGCGAAGAAGGACAACUCUGUGGCAGAAAAUGAUAAUUUGCAGUUGAGUAAGAAGAGAAAGCUCAAGGUGUCUGAAAAUGUCGAUGCCAGGCAAAUACCUGGGGUUGAUAUGCCUGAUGAAUUGGGCAAUGGCGAAAUUAUCCAUGUUAGAGAAACCAAAAUGAAAAAAUUGAAAGAGAAGGAUAAGAAAGAUGAAGAAGUUGUGUCUGAAGACAACAAGUCAGUGAAUCCCUCUCCUAAAAACGAAGAUGACAAGAAGAAAAUAAAGUGGAAGAAGCUGAUUACUUCAUCCCUGAAAUCUUCUCUCAAGGAAUCUGGUUCAAUAGUUGAGGAAAGCAGAGUUGCUGAAAUUCUUCAGCAAAAGAUCAAUUCUAGUUCCAGAUUUGAUAUUGAUGGCAAGUAUGUACGAUUAGCAGUGAAAAGUUAAGAACAGGUGUGAGUGUAGAGCGAACCCAUCAUGAAAAUAUGAGUUCUGAUUGCUGUAUUGCUUCGGUUUGAGCAAACUAUUGAUCACCCAUUUUAUUUGAGGCUGAACUGGAACAAGUCUCAUAUUUUGUUGUCCCUGGUGCAUUUUUGCACGAGUACCGGGUCGGAAAAGUUUUUGAGCCCUAUGGAUCUAAUUUUUGUACUUAGCCUUCUCCUAUGAUGGUAAACCGUCAGGGACUUUUAGGUGGUGUAAAGCAUAAAGCUAAUCGUUGAAUUCUGGUUCCUCUGUCCUGCGCAUACAUUUGCAUUUGUAUGUACAAAAGAGACGCGGAAAAAAAAGUACCUGGCGCUUUCAAUGGUAAAGCACCAAUA